AUGUCCUACAACUACUCCACAACGAACUUGGCUUCUAGACCAACUGGAGGAUCACGCACGGUCCAGAGGGCCCCAGCUGCCGUGGCUGCGAUGGAAGAUGCUGACUGCUUGAGUGGCAUCUAUUUGCCUAGUACCUUCCAAACUGGCUCCUGGCUCCUGGAUCACUGUCAGGAGACCGCUUUUGAGCCCACAGCUUGCCAGCCGACUUGUUUCCAGGCCAGUCCUUGCAUUGUCAGCCCUAAUCAGGCGACUUGUUCUCGUCCAGUAACCUGUGUCUCCAGCCCUUGCUCAACUCCUUGCAACCGACCACUCACCUUUGUCUCCAGUGGCUGUAAGCCCCUGGGAGGCAUCUCUGGUGUCUGCCAACCUGUUGGUGGAAUCUCCACUGGGUGCCAAUCAGUGGGUAUCUCCACUGUGUGCCAGCCUGUCGUAGGAGUUUCCAGUGUGUGCCAACCAGUGGGAGGAAUCUCCAAUAUAUGCCAACCAGCCUGUGGGGCCUCCAGGGGAUACCAGAGGUCCUUCGUGUCCAGCUGCCGGCGAACUUGCUGA